CCGAAAUAGUUCCCCGUCUCUCUCGCAGUCACCGCAGGAGCGAGGAGAGGAGAGGCGGAGCGGGAGGAAGACGAGGAGGCGACGCGACUAGCUGCUGCUGCCGCUGCUGCUCCGCCCGCUCCCAAGUUCGUGAAAUAAGGGUCUCUCGGGAUGCCGGAGGAAGACCCAGCACCACCAAUGGAGGAGACUGCUGUAGCGAAUGGAGGAGCAGCCACUGACGUUGCCACUCCUGAUAAGGACAAUGGCAAUAAGGAAAAAGCUGGCAAGGGCAAUGAUGUAGUAGUAGUGAAUAAGAAUGCUGAAGAAGAAGAACAAAAUAAAGGCUCAGCAAAUGGUACCAAGGGCCCAUUGGAUGGAGAUGUUGAGAUGGCGGAGGCUGAGACUGCACAGGAAGACGAUGUGGGUUCUGCGAAGCAGUUGGACACUGAGGAUGUCAAGAUGGAUGGUGAACAGGUUGCAGAUGCAAAUGAAGGAAAUAAUACCAAGGAUGCAGAAGUUGAAGAUGUCAAAAUGGCUGAGGUAGGAAAUGUGGAUUCCAAGGAUACAGUAGAGAAGGAAGAUAAAGAUGAGAACACCGAUACGGACAAAAAUGAAUUGGAAGAUGCAAAAGAAGGUGGUACUGAGAAGCAGGAGGAAUUGAAGGAGCAAGAUAAAAGUGAUUCAGCUGAGCAUGAGGAAAAGAAAGCAGAGGAAGCGGGUGGUGCUGAGAAGCAAGGGGAAGAGGAAGCAGAGGAAAAGGGCUCUGCUGAUGAUGACAAAGAGGAAGGAGACAAGAAUACCAAUGAUGAAAAUCUGAAAAAAGAUGGUGGAAAGGAUGAGGAAAACAAAGAUGAAGCAGAAGAAGAGGAGGUCAGUGAAACAGAGAAGAAGGUAGAAGAGAGUAAGGAGGAAACACCAAAGAACAAGAAGGCAAGGAGUGCAAGGGAUAGAAGCCAGGGAAAGGAUAAAAAACUGGAUGGGUCCAAAUCCAGGGAAGCGAAGAGCUUACUGAACACUGCCAGCCCUUAUGGUACGGAUCGCCCUCAGCGUGAGAGGAAAACAGUGGAGAGGUUGGUUGAAGUGAUUGAGAAGGAGCCAAACAGGAACUUCGUGGUUGAGAAGGGUCGUGGUACUCCGUUGAAAGAUAUACCAAGUGUGGCACACAGAAUAUCAAGGAAAAAGCCCGCUGAUCUUAAGUUUCUUCACAGUGUUCUUUUUGGGAGGAAAGGCAAGACUGUUGAUUUUAAAGGUCAUAUACUCCAGUUCUCUGGUUUUGUUUGGCAUGAGAGUGAUGAAAAGCAGAGGGCAAAGGCUAAGGAGAAGCUUGACAAAUGUGUGAAAGACAUGUUGUUGGAUCUCUGUUGGAUCCUUGCUAUUCCGGUUCCAAAAGCAAACAUCAGAAAGGAAGAUAUUGUGGGAAAGCUGUUGGAUUUCAUUGCUGAACCUCAUGCUAUUUCUGAUUCUGGGCAUUCAGAUGAUCAGGGGUCAAAUUCUCGGAAACGCAAGAGAGGUACACCGAAGAGUUCUAACAAGAAAUUUGAUGAUGACAUAACUCCAAGUAAAAAGCGGAGUAAAGCUCUGGAAUACGAUACUGAUGAAGAUGAGGAUGAUGCAGAUCCCAUGAAGUCAGAUAGUGAGGAAGAUGACUAUGAUUCUGAGAAAGAGAAGGCAAAGAAGAAGUCCUCAGAUGCAAAAGAUAUUGCUAAUAAAAAGAAGGCUGCAACUGGGAGCAGCCAUAAGACAGGUCCUCCGAGAACAAUAAGCAAGAGUCCAAGCAAAACAUCAUCUUCAAAAGUUUCCAAGGAAAAGGAAAGCCCUGAGAACAGUGCAAAGGUCUUCUCUAGGAAGAAGAAAUCUGUCACACCAAAGCGUCCUUCAAGCUCUGAAAAGGAGAUAAAAGACAAGAAGUCAUCAGGUAAAAAGGUGACAAAGGGUAAAGGAGAAUCGGCAGAAGCAGGUUUACCCAGUAAGGACGAGCUGAGGAAAACCAUAACUGAAAUCCUUAAAAAAGUUGAUUUCAAUACGGCUACUUUCAGUGACAUUCUUAAAAAGCUUGAGGAUCGCUACAAGAUUGAUCUGACUCCACGAAAGUCAGCUAUCAAAAUUAUGAUCCAAGAGGAGCUGACCAGGCUGUCGAAAGAAGACGACGAUGAGGAUGAGGAUGGAAAUGAAGAUGCCGACAAGGAAAAAACACAACAUCAAGGCAAGGAGGUGGUGGCCUGAGCAUUGUUGAAACCUCGUAGGUGUAGCAGACCCGCUGUUAAUUAUUAUUUUGUACCUGCAUGUAUGACCCUUCUGCCUGCCUGCGUCAUGGCAGGCAGACCCAUGUUAAUUAUUGUUAAUCCGUGUCCACAAAUCGCCAAAACCUUAUCCCUGCUUGGUAUGUUAAAAAAAAAGGUUCGUUAGGCAGCCCGACACCUGUAGCUGACUUGGGAGGCAAUUUCUAGGUGAUGUCCAAAAACUCUGCAGUGGGAUGUGGCAGAGCUUGUAAUGAAUCAUGUUCGUCAUAGGUUUGAAUAACAUGUGGACGUAUUAGGCUGUAA